AUGUCUAAGCCUGCUGUUGGAUUUGUCGGCCUUGGAGCCAUGGGCUUCGGCAUGGCCACCCAUCUUGUAAAAGAGGGCUACCCCGUUCACGGCUUCGAUGUUUUCCCCGCUUCAGUGGAGCGCUUCAAGGCCGCGGGAGGAAUUCCGGCCUCAUCACUGCAAGACUCUGCCAACGGGAAAGACUACUAUGUUUGUAUGGUCGCUUCAGCACCCCAGGUGCAGAUUGUGCUCUUUGGCGAAGGUGGCAUUGUUUCUGCUCUCCCUCAAAAUGCGACUCUUAUCCUCUGCUCGACCGUUCCUGCCUCAUAUGCCCAGUCCGUCGCGGCUGAGUUGCAAUCACGCGGUCGUGGCGACAUUCAGUUCAUCGAUGCUCCUGUAUCUGGUGGAGCUAAGCGCGCUGCUGAUGGCACUUUGUCUAUCAUGGCCGGUGCGUCAGAUGCUGCACUGGAGAAAGGCAAAUUUUUGCUUGAGACCAUGUCCGACGCAAAGAAGUUGUAUCUCGUUCCUGGAGGGAUCGGUGCCGGGAGUAAUAUGAAGAUGGUUCAUCAGGUGUUGGCGGGUAUUCACAUUCUCGGUGCUAGUGAGGCUAUGGGUUUCGCUGCUCAGUUGGGUUUGGAUGCAACAAAGACUGCAGAUGCUAUCAAGUCAUCCGAUUCAUGGACGUGGAUGCACGAGAAUCGCUUGCAGCGCAUGUUGGAAGAGGAUUGGCACCCUGGUGCUAGUGCGUUGACAAUUAUUCUCAAGGAUGUGGGAAUCAUUACUACCUCCGCUCGUCAGAACCAGUUCCCUACGCCACUUUGCUCCACGGCCGAGCAAGUCUAUCUUUCUGCCUUGCUCCAAGGCUAUGGCCCUGUUGAUGACUCGUCCAUGGUUCGCCAAUACUACUCUGAACCAAUCACCAAAGUUUCCAACACUAAAUCCACCGAGGAGAACGCUGAAGCCCUGCAGCUCGUGCUCGAUGUCAUGCAAUUGACCAACCUCGUGGCUGCAGCGGAAGCUAUUUCAUUUGCCCAUCACCUCAAUGUUGAUCUCAAGCAAUUCUUUACGCUUGUCAGCGAUGCCGCAGGUGCUAGCCGGCAGUUUAUGACCAAGGGACUGGAGAUGAUCGAAGGCCGCAUUGGAAAGGACUCCGAGACAGUCGAUGAUGUUAUUAGUCGCCUGGAGAAGGGCGUACAGAAAGCACGGGAUCUGCACUGUCCAUUGAAUCUGGGCAAUGCUGCUCUGAGUGUGCUGCUUAUGGCUAAGAGAUCAGGAUUAGGUGCUGAAGGAAGUACUAGUGUGAUCAAAAUGUUUGGAAUUUAG